AUGUUGGCAAUAUCUUAUCUACGAGUUGUUAAAGUUAAUUUUUUUCAAGUUAAAACACCAACCAUGUCUGAUGGCAUUGAUGAAAAACUUCGAAAUAGAUCUCUACCAAGAAAAGUUGAUAGAGAACCAUUAGAUAAUGAUUCUACACAUCAAAUAUCAGUUCAUACACGACAAGGUCAUAAUCGAGUUAUAUCAGAAUCAAUAUUGCCAUUACUAUUAUGUUUGACAUGUCCACUUCUUGUUCGAUCAAUUGUUUUCAUCAGUGAUCAUUGUCAUGGAUCGAUUAUUGAAUAUCUUCAACGUGUUUCAUUCGAUCAAACAAUAACAUUCAAAGAUUUCUUAGAAGAUUUUUUUUAUUUUGAAUGGCAUUGGCCGUCAGCGUUAAUUUUAUUAAGCGUUUUCGUAUAUUCUAUUAUAAUGACGGCAUUAUUACCUGGUAAAGAAUACAGUGGACCAAUAACCGACACAGGACAUGUACCAGUCUAUCGAAAUAAUGGCUUUAUUUAUUAUAUUGUUUCACUAAUCAUAUUUGCUUUAUUAACAUUGUUAUUAAAGUUAAAUAAUCUUUCUCCAACAUAUAUUUAUGAUCAUUGGAAAGAUUUUUUGUCAACAGUCAACACAUUUGCUUUCUUCCUAUGCUUUUUAGUUAUGAUUAAAGGCAAAUAUAUGCCAUCAACCAAUGAUUAUCGAUCAUCAUCAAAUUGGUUAAUGGAUUUUUAUCGUGGAGUCGAACUUUAUCCAAGAAUAUUUAAUGUUGAUAUUAAACUUAUAACAAAUUGUCGAUACGGAAUGUUAGCGUGGGCACUCUUAUCAGUUAUUUUUUGUAUGAAAACAUUUGAACUUUAUGGUUAUACAGAUAGUGCUUUAGUUACAUGUCUUUUAACACUUGUUUAUUUAACAAAAUUUUUUUGGUGGGAAUCAGGUUAUAUGAAAACAAUUGAUAUUAUUGUUGAUCGUGCCGGAUUCUAUCUAUGUUGGGGUUGUCUGGUAUGGGUAUCUGGUAUUUAUACACUUCCAUCUUAUUUUCUUGUUCAACAUCCAACUCAACUUGGACCUGUAUUAACAGCAAUUAUACUUCUACUAGGGUUUCUUGCAAUAUAUAUUAAUUAUGAUUGUGAUCGACAAAAAAUUGAGGUUAGAUCAACACAUGGAAAAUGUUUAGUAUGGGGUAAGCCAGCUGAAAUAAUACGCGCAAAAUAUAUUUUAUUAAAUGGGAAUGAAUCUGAAAGUAUUUUACUUACAUCCGGUUAUUGGUCUAUAUCAAGACAUUUUCAUUAUAUACCUGAACUAACAUUAGCUUUUCUUUGGACAUGUCCGUGUGGAUUUAAAUAUAUUUUACCAUAUGGUUAUAUAAUCAUGUUAUUUAUUUUAUUAAUACAUCGUGCUCAUCGAGAUGAUCAAAAAUGUAGAUUGAAAUAUGGUCAAGCAUGGAAGAAAUAUUGUGAAUUAGUCCCAUGGAAAGUAUGGCCAGGGAUUUAUUAA